AUGUCACUGCUCACCACUCUAAUCGUUGCAGUGAUAACAUUAACAACUGUUGCGCUCGCCGCACCUAAGGCAAAUGAGAAAGUCGAAAAAACCCACCGCACAUGUCAGGAGUUCACCCAAGGUCUUACAUUUAACGACACGCAGGCUGUAGGUACUUGGCACUUGCUGCACUACCGAACUGAAAGGACUAAUGGAUCAGGGGACUCACAUUGUGUACAGUUUAAUCCCGUCAAUGAUCAGGAACGCAAAGACUUAAAGGAUCUAAUUGAGAAAUUUGUGGAAAAUUUAAAAUGGGAGAACUUGGUUUUGAAAAUGCAGAUCCCUUGCGCUAAACUCAAUGAGAACAAAAGCCGAGAUUACUACCUUGAAAGACUGGAGGGAGAUGGCUCCUACAGAACUCUUCAGAUGCCUCCUACCACAGCUAAAAUGGAUCUAUCUGAUUUUCACCGCUACCCGAUGCGCCUCAAGAUUAUUGAGGGCCAAUACCUGGGUAUGAUGGAUUGUCACGAGAAGUUUGUUUUCAUCUUGGGUAAGCAGCCACCAGAAGGCAAAGACAUUGACGAAAGGUUGAAGAAGAUGAUCGAAGUUUACUGGCCUGAAGAAUAG